CCGCGACACCACACUACCUACAUUGCGCCAUUAGGCGUCCAAUCUGAGCCAAUCUGACCAUAGUGCCGGUCCAUCGUGUUGCCAAGAAGCAAGCGUCAGGAAGCCGACAAGACACCCACAGUUCGUUGCAUCGCCAACUCCAUGCCCGUGGUUGUGCGCCGAGCAUUGGUGAAUCUAGUGGGGGCCCGCAUGUCUCCUCCUCCUCCUCCUCCUCCAUCUUCUUCGUCAGCCCAUACACGAGUGCAUUUAAAGAUCCCCCUUCCCAUGCCUCUCCUCCUUCUCUUCAACUUGAUAUCCCAUCUCACAUCAACAUCUCAACUCUCUUGACACACCUCGCUACUUCACCACUCAGUCAACUCAACAACAAUCAACAAACCUUCAAAAUGGGCUCCUCCAUGUCGAGACAUCACCACAAGCGCGGCGAGUUCCUCUUCACCAGACCCAAGUCGCCCCGCCACCGCUCGCCUACCCCCUACCCCCACGACAGGCGCUCGCUCAACGACGACAACGGUAGCAUUCACAUCCUGACAAAGGUGUCGUCCAUGGCAAAGCCUACCCAGACAUCCAUCAAGAUCGUCGAAAGACCCCAGGCUCGUCAACACAUCAGCUUCCAAGACAAACCAUCAGCAGUCAUCAGCUUCGAGGUUCAUAACCCCCGAAGACUGAACCGCUUCGAACGCCUGACUACUUGAACAACGCCCAUCAGAAAUGGACUAGCAAAACCGGAUUCUGUUCAGCAGACACAACAACGCACCAGCCAAGACCGAGCUGCACUUGCUCGGCACUGGAAAACGCAUGGAACCUGCUUGAUUUUGGGUCUGCAUUAGGGCUCGGAAAUGGUGUACACACACGACUCUAUGGGUUAGGGUUUCGGCUUGCACCUGAUUGCGCUCAUUGCGUUGGCGUUGCAUCGUUUGCCUCUUGUCGGUCUCAUCUUCCAUUCAUUCAGCACAUGGUGCCAAGAACUCUGCGCUCGGCAGUCAACAAGACCUCUCGGUCUUGCGCCACCAUCACCACAAUUCUGCUCGACAACACUCGGACUACCCAGAGUUCACCGACUGCAAAAAUGCCCAAAGACAACAUCACCAUCCGAUAUUGACCAGUCGGUUCAUCAAGCCGCGUGUGAUGCCCCUGUCCCCGUGUGGCAGUGGCGUUUGCGGUGAUGGGCUUGGCACAGAUGUCCCGUCUUCUUGGCUGCAUCGCAUCUACACUACGGCAUUCAGAUCACUGGACGAUCACUUCUUCCAGAAGGGGGGCUUGGGGCCAAGAGAUGUGAAGUGAAGAGAGGACACAACAUAGAGGAGAAUCACCCGCUGGUUUGCAUCGCAGUAAAAGGAGUUCUAUCAGGCGAUACAUGCUUCGUGGCUUUUUUUGCUUUCCAUCACAUUGGAUUCCUUUAUCGGCGUCAUCUUGCUUUGGUCUGUCAUACCUCGGUUGUAUAUCACAACAGGAGGUUGCCUCUCGUCGGGGAUAUGAUGCGACAUUUUAGCGAUCACGACAUGAUUGGGAUGUCAGACUGGCAUGCAGUCAUGGCCAACCCAGCCACGGGCUAGCUCUGGAGGAGGAAGAGAAAGGAGAAGACCGAAAGAACAUGACAGUCAGUCAUACUGCUGUCGGAGGUUGAUGCAUAUAUCGCUCAUGUCACUUUUUUUUUCUUCCAGUUGUACGACUGAAGGAGGGAUUUGCUUCGGGAUUAUGUACAUGUGGUGUACCCGGUACACAACAGGAUUAUUAUGCAGAGAAGGAGAACAAGUUGGCAGCGUUGUAUUGCAUGGGGGUUAUCUAUACCAGUCGGCAUACAGACACGGCGUUAUUCCGGAGGCCUGGAAACUUGCAAGGGGUAAAAUUGAUUAUAGACCUGCUCAAAAAAUAUUCUACUAUGAC